AAAUAGCAUAACUAUGGAAGGCUGUUGAUCAAGUUGCCAAUCCCGUUAAAACCCAAAAAGAAAAAUGGCGGAAACAGUCAAUAACCAUAGAAAAGAAAGGAAAAGAAAAGAAAAGAAAAGCAAAGCAAAGCAAAGCAAAGAGAGAUAGAACAAGAGACAACUCAGCUAGACAAUAACAGAACAAAUGGCUAGAUUUUUUUUGUUUUUGUUUUUUUUCCCUUCCUUCUUCUCCCCAAUUCCUCUUGUAUAUAAGGAAGAUGGAGGUUCCCAUGUAUGGGUGUGAAUUUGUAGAGGAAGAGAGAUUGGGAGUUCGAGAUCCAUAUUGAGAAAAUAAUUAGAGAGAGUUCGGUUCUAGGACACUUCCCCUUUGUGUCCCCUAGGGCCCCAACUCCCUCUCCCUCCCUCUUUGUUUCUCUUCUUCAUGUUGUUGUUCAUCCUUGAUAUUAAUUGCACUCUUUGUGUUUGGGUUAAUGUCUCUUAGAGCAACAAAUCUGUGUUCUCAUUGAGGGGUUCUAACUUCUAAGGCUCCAUUGUGAGAAAGAAAGGAGUUGCUGCUUUUUUCUUCUAUUUCUCUGGAGGGGGGCUUGAAGGAAAAUAAAGAUACUCUUUAGAUAAGAGGGGUUAUCAUGAAGCAUCAUAAAGAUGGAAAGCCGGGAUACUCAUCUAAUAAAAAUCCAAGGCUUCCUACGGUGAUCAUAACUUGCGUUCUGCUUUGUGCGCUCUCAUUUUACCUGGGUGGAAUCUUCUACUCUGAGAAAAACAAGAUUGAAGAGAGGGAGGCCAAAGAAGUAAAGGUGUCAAUUCCAUCUCCUACGGAAACAGCUGUUGCACCUCUUCAAGUCAAAUCGUCCUCUUUCUCUGAAUGCAGUGCUGACCAUCAGGAUUACACUCCUUGCACAGAUCCAAGGAGGUGGAAGAAGUAUGGAGUUCAACGCCUUACUUUCAUGGAACGCCAUUGUCCUCCAACAUAUGAGAGGAAGGAAUGCCUAGUUCCACCUCCAGAUGGCUACAAAUCACCAAUUAAGUGGCCCAAAAGCAGGGAUGAAUGUUGGUACAGAAAUGUGCCAUAUGAUUGGAUAAACAAAGAGAAAUCGAAUCAACAUUGGCUGAUAAAGGAAGGUGAAAAAUUCCUUUUCCCUGGAGGGGGUACUAUGUUUCCCAAUGGAGUUGGUGAGUAUGUUGAUCGCAUGGUAAAACUGAUCCCAGAAAUGAAGGAUGGAACUAUCCGGACUGCCAUUGAUACCGGGUGUGGGGUUGCUAGCUGGGGAGGCGAUCUAUUAGAUCGUGGGAUCCUAACUCUUUCUCUGGCUCCGAGAGACAAUCACGAGGCCCAAGUGCAAUUUGCUUUGGAACGUGGAAUUCCUGCCAUUCUUGGCAUCAUUUCUACACAACGCCUUCCCUUCCCCUCCAACUCUUUUGACAUGGCUCACUGCUCCAGAUGCCUUAUCCCAUGGACUGAAUUUGGGGGAGUCUAUCUCCUAGAAGUUCACCGUAUCCUGCGCCCUGGUGGUUUUUGGGUUCUAUCUGGCCCUCCAGUCAACUACGAAAAUCGAUGGAAAGGCUGGAACACAACAAUAGAAGAUCAGAAAUUUGAUUAUGAGAAAUUGCAGGACUUGCUCACUUCAAUGUGCUUCAAACUGUACAACAAGAAGGGAGACAUUGCGGUUUGGCAGAAGGAUUCAAAUGACACUUGCUACAAUAAGCUUGCAAAUCCUGAUGUUUAUCCACCAAAAUGCGAUGACAGCAUCGAACCAGAUUCUGCAUGGUACACCCCACUCAGGCCCUGUGUGGUUGCUCCAGGUCCAAAGAUAAAGAAGUCGGUUCUUGAAUCCAUCCCAAAAUGGCCAGAGCGCCUGCAGGUUGCGCCUGAGCGCAUCUCAGAGGUGCACGGUGGGAGUCCCAAUGCUUUCAAGCAUGAUAACGGGAAGUGGAAGGCGAGGGCAAAACACUACAAGAAGUUGCUUCCGGCACUCGGUACAGACAAGAUCAGGAACGUGAUGGAUAUGAACACGCGCUAUGGAGGUUUUGCGGCAGCUUUCAUCGAGAGCCCACUGUGGGUCAUGAACGUGGUGUCUUCUUAUGCUCUCAACACGCUUCCGGUGAUCUACGACAGAGGACUCAUUGGAACUUAUCAUGAUUGGUGUGAAGCUUUCUCAACAUAUCCCAGAACCUACGAUCUACUCCACGUUGAUGGCCUUUUUACGGCCGAAAGCCACAGGUGCGAAAUGAAGUAUAUGUUGUUGGAGAUGGAUAGGAUCCUUCGACCAAUGGGUUAUGCCAUAAUCCAUGAGUCGAGCUACUACAUGAACGCAAUAGCUACGAUUACGAAGGGGAUGAGAUGGAGUUGCAUGAAGGAAGACACAGAGGAUGGAGUUGAGAAGGAGAAGAUAUUGGUUUGCCAGAAGGAGCUCUGGUAUUCCUCAAACCAGACUUCAUGAUGAUCAAUGGAGUGCAUGAGUGAGUUCCUUGUCCUUUUUUACGACAAAGAUGAUAAAGCUAUUGUCAGUUAGCAACAACACAACAGUUACCCCAACCCCUCUGUAGGAGUUUGUAACAUUUUGUAAUCCGGACAUGAAGAGACAUAGGCCAACAAUAUCUACUAUAUAUUUUUUUUUUUCACUUUUCGAAUGUGAUUAGAAAUAGAAGCCAAGAUUCCUUGAAUCUUAGAUUUUCCAAUGAAGAUAAACGACCAACCUGCAUCAUAUUAUUCUUUCUUCGCGGAGGAACAAUUACAUGUAUACCAUUCUUUGAUUUGGAAGGCAAAAAUCUACAAUUAACUAGUAGUGCUCUGUCGUUGCUUCUCCUCCCUUCACAUUCUUGGCUACCCUGCUCUUCUUUUUUAUUUCCCCUUUUAUUAUGUUAUUUUGGUUACCUUUUUGGGCAUUUUGUAGUAUCUUGAGUAUUAUAAGAGAAAUGAUGGUUCAAGAUUCAAAUAUCUUGUAUUUUCUUGUCUUAUCAGCGAACUUGUGUGGGUAGAUGCCUUACAUACCACCCAUUGUAGAUCUAUCUCUUAUUAACAUGUAUGUACUUUGUGAGCUGGUCUUAUCUAUUUCUUCUUUGAAGAUAUUGAUCUUUCAAAGGUUGUCUUAUAUGUUUAAUCAAAGACCA